CCGCCAGGGGGCGCGGGCGUGCGUUCGCUCAGUGAAGCGGCGCAGAGCCGUCAGCAGAAGAACAGCGGUGUAAACAGGAUCGGCUCACUGCGGUUCAGACUCAACAUCAGGAGUUCUGUCCAGGAACAACCUGAGACCUAUCCUGAGCAUUAGCCAUGUCUGUGAGCGCCGUCCUGAGCACCAUGAGGAAGUGCCUGCUGCUUCCCUUCCUGCAGUUUAGAGCUCUGUCGGGUGCUGAGGCUGUCAAUGCUCUGCGACCCUUUUACUUAGCCGUUCACCCAGACUUCUUUGGUCAGCACCCUAAAGAGCGGGAAGUGAAUGAGAACUCCCUGAAAAGGUUGAACGGUUACCUGGAGAGCCUGCAGAAGUCUGGCUCACGCCACAUCGAGCCCACCAGGCUUACUUUCUACAUGAGGGACACCAAGGAUAGCAGCAACACGCAGGCAGAGCCCCUAUCUUCAGGUUUCCGGACCGUCAGCUUCACCCUACGCACCAAUGACGUCCAAAGUACGGUGAUGGAGGUGCUGGGGUCCUGCAGCCUGUCUGUGGAGCACAUGCAGGAGCAUAGAGGAACUGAGCCCUCUAAAGGUCCCCUUAAAGGAGGGGUGCCGUUCUAUAGACCCAUCAAAUGGGACAAAAGUUAUUACGCCUUCACAGGUUUCAGGGACCCGGAGGAGGAGCUGGAGCAGGCCAGACGGGUGGAGCCCAUCCUCAAAGUUUGGCUGAAGAACAACAAGCCCAAGGCGAUGAAGAAGCACAACGCCAGCUUGCCGAGAAGGGAAGAGUUGAGCAGGCUGAAGAGGGAACUGUGUGACAGAUUUGACCUGCUGGACAUCAGAUGGCAGCGCAGUUGGGGUGUGGCUCACAGGUACAGUCAGCUGCAGAGUCUGACCCGUCUGGCUCAUCAGAAUCCAGAUGCCCUCAUCCACUUGCAAGGACAUACCAUAGUAUUUGCUGACCAGUCAGGAAUGAAUUCUUCCGGACAUGUCCUUCUGGGAACCAUGGACGUUCAUCACCAGUGGACUAAACUCUUCGUGCAGCUGCCGAGCUUCCGAGGUCUUCAGCACCAGACGGACUGCCUCAAAGAGAGGAUCAGUUUCCUUCUGGGCGGAGCUCAGGUGGUCCACAUGGAGAGGCUGGGACCAGUGCGGCCCAUUGCAGAACACUACAGAGUGCUCAGCACUUUCCACAAGAAACUACUGUCCACGCGGCUCCACCUGCACCCCCGUAGCCUGCAUGGCCUCACCAUGGUGCUGGAGAAUGACCGCUCCACCCCCAGUCUUCAUCAGACAGGCCACUUUAUCAUCCCCUCCACCUGUGACCCCACCCACCUGCAACUUUUCCUCCAGAGCCACGCCCCUGAGGCCAGGCGUCUUACCUUACAGACAAACCGGCUGCACGCUGAGGAGAGUGCCGUGCUGAAGGCCUGCCUGCAGACCCUGUCUCUCAGGAGCCUCUCCAAGGAGCCCAGCGUUAGUUCCAGCCAGAUGAUCCAGUGCUGCAGCAGACUGCAGGAGCAGCAGCCGCCUCUCAUGCAGGGCCUGCAUGUCUGCGUGUCACACUUCUACUCAGUCCUGCAGGACGGAGAGCUGUGUAUUCCAUGGGACUGGCACAGCUGAGGCGCUCAACCAGACGAGACAAUAGACAUGGAUGCAUCCUGAUUGGGCAGAAAUGGAGGAAGUGUGCACAUUUGUCGUCUUCUUCAGACACAAAAAAAAGCCCACAUCAAGCAUAUGUUUACCCCCCCCCCCCUCCCCAAACUGUAAAGAACAUCAGAGCUUCCUCCCAGAUGGAUUUUAGUUGCUCGGCAGAAAAUGAAUAAAGCAGAGACUCAUACCUAAUGGAUAUCGUUGACAUCUUCAUUAACUAACAAACUAUACCAAAGGCAAACAUCCAAAAGGUCCACAGUUCAUUUUUCAUUUGUUAGACAAUGUUUGGGUCGUCAUUAGUCCAGUCCUUGGAAACCACAGGAAUUCAAGAACAGCUUUACCUGCAUAACAGGAACAAGGCUUCCUGCCUCCUCCAGGUUUGUCAUCCGGCUGCUCCUUUUUACUGUGUCUUCAUUUUUGUCAUAAUCAGGCAGAUCACCGAGAAUUUCUCUGCUAAAAUCUACCUCAGAAAACCAGGGUUCUCCAAUGUUAUACCUGUGUUACAGAAACCAUAUCAGCUGAGAAAAAUCCUUUACCAGAGGUCACUUUAACACACCAAGUGAAAUAUUCCCCUGGACCCGACAUUCUUAAUAAAGAGCGUUUCCUGAAAAAGUUCAUA